AUGUCUCCAGGCAAAGACAGUCUCCAGGAUCUCGAACGGCAUCGGCAGCUGCUCGAAGAAAACGUCAGCAAGCUGCAAACGGCCCUGCAGCAUUGGAGGACGUGGGAUGCCGAGUAUGAGGCUCUCAAGGAGGAGGUCGACGCCGUGUGCAAGACAACCGAGACGGAGCUAGCCACAAUCCAAGAUGGCUUCGAGGGCGAGCUCGUUAAUCGACGUGAGAUUGAUGAGAUUUUCGGUCAAAAGAAUCGAAAGUCCAAGGAACAGAUCCUAAACGUUCUUGACCGACGCAUCGACUAUGUCACCAAGAACAUCGAGUCCUUGGAGAAACAGAUUGAGGCGGCAGAGAAUAAGCUUGCCGCGGCUACAGUUAUCAGUCAGCCAGAUGCCACUGAUGAGGAGGGUCUGCCGAUCACUGAAAUUAUUGAGCAGCUUGACGACGACGACAAUGUCGUCUCUUACAGGCUGAACAAGCCUGGCGAUUCGUUGCCUCAGGUUCGAGAGGCUCUCGAGAAGGCCGGUGUGAAGGAUCUCGAGGAGGAUGAAUCGACAUCAAAGGAGGAAGCCACAGAGAAGGAACCGACAGUUUCAAGGAGCGCUCCAGAGCCGGCAGCUGCACCAACACCAUCACAAGAGCCUGUGCAGCCUCUUCCCUCUGCCAGCAAAGGAGUAUCGUUUGCCGUCGACACAAAAACACAAGACGGACCUACCCCCCAGAUUUCACGGAAUGCCAAGCGCGUCGAAGAAAUCAUGAACCAUGCAAAGGAACAGGAAAUCAUCAGCAAGGAACAACCAAUUAUUCCCGAAGACGAUGACGAGGAGGAAGCAGAGUUGCGCCGACAGAUGCUCGCAUACUCGGGCGAGAUUGGUGCUGUUGUCGCAGAGUUGCAACUGGAGGAGGGAGACACCGAUGACGAUGAGGACUACGAUUUUGAGUAUAGCGACGAAGGUUUCGAAGAUGAUGACGACGAAGAGGACAAAUAUGGCCGGUCCACUGGUCGCAUCGUGACAGAUGGCUACCGUCAAAGGAUGCUCGAGCUCGAGAAGAAACUGGGCAUCAAGUCCCGUUUCACUGAAAAGGCCGAGAAAGAGGAAGAUGCGGAGUCGAGCUCAGACGAUGAGGGUAUUGGCCGCAUUGUCGUGAAGCGAGAGGCCGAAGCAUCAUCCUCGGCAUCAAAACCAGCACCCACCAAGUCAAACAUCAAGGAAAAGCAACCCGAGGCAUCCAGCGGCAAGAAGGGAAUUCGCUUCGCCUCAAGUCUCGACAUUGCUCCCGAAGAGGAGCCCACGACGCUUCCGGUGAGGGAGGCUAUUAAGGAAAAGGAACCUCUGGUGGAACCACUGAGUGACAUUAUUGUUGAGCGAUCGGGCCCUACCAAGACCCCUGAGGUCAAGUCGAAUCGCAAACCUUCUCGCUUCAAGAAGGCUAGGGAUACGGGUGUGCCACCCGGUCCUCUUGACGUCCCCGUCAAGUUCCUGGAUCAAGAUCGACCAACGGCGCCCACGGGUCCCGAAGGAACAACGUUAGCUGACACGUUAGUUGAACGCGAAACAAAGGCAGAUCCACAGCCCCCGGAUGAAAUUGACGAUGAAAUGAUCCACCACGAGGUUGCUGAUGAGUAUCAGAGAAUGCGCAAGAAGUUUAUUCAGCGAGAAGGUGGGUUCCUCAAGGAAGACGAGUCUCCGAUCCAGCCCUUGGACGAGCCGGAUGGAGGAAAAGAGAGGGUCAGCCGGUUCAAGGCUGCGCGACUCUCGAAAUACUAA